GUGAUGCUUCGGUCUGGCAAACACAUUUCUGCGCGUGCGGCUUUAUAUUCCAAGAUGGCACCUCCCCUGCUCAACUCGUCCAAUUCCUUUGAUGCGAAGAAGCCGGUGACGUACAGCACCACCGCUCUGAAGAGAUGGUCCUGCUUAAACAAUAAUAAAGACCUUCCAGCAAUUCCUGAUGUCAAAGCUAUCCAUGUCUAUGAUUUUGACAAUACCUUGUUUAACAGCCCCCUCCCCAACCCACAGCUUUGGAAUGGUCUUACGAUUGGCUUCCUUCAGGCCUAUGAAUCAUUUGCAAAUGGCGGCUGGUGGCAUGACCCCAAUAUCCUUGCGGCCACUGGUCAGGGGAUUGACGUAGAAGAACCUUUAGCUUGGAAAGGUUGGUGGAACGAACAAAUAGUUGAACUUGUUGAAUUGAGCAUGAAGCAAAAAGACGUCCUUACAGUACUUCUUACUGGACGCGCGGAGAGCUCUUUUGCAGAGAUUAUCAAACGAAUUGUCAAAAGCAGGUCUUUGGAGUUUGACCUUGUGUGCCUAAAGCCCGAAAUUGGACCCAACAGCCAACGCUUUUCUAGCACGAUCAAUUUCAAGCAGAUUUUCCUUGAAGAUAUGAUAUUUACAUACAAGCAUGCCGAUGAGAUCAGAGUUUACGAAGAUCGUAUUAGACAUGUCAAAGGUUUUCGGGACUACUUUGAGCAGUUCAAUCUCCAAUUUCUUGCUCCCAAUUCGCAUCCAAUUCGGAAAUCUAUCACGGCCGAAGUCAUCCAUGUUGCUGAGAGCACUAGGUAUCUGCCACCUGUUGCUGAAGCUGCCGAGGUACAACGUAUGAUUAAUUCUCACAAUGCAAUUGUGACGGCCGCCUCCGGAAACGUCACCAAGUCGCCAUAUGGGCGCCUUCGAAUUCAUCGUGUAAUUUUCUACACCGGUUACAUGCUUGCCAAUGCUGACUCCGAACGAUUGGUGAAAUAUCUUACCUUACCUAUGAUUUCACCCAGCCUUGUCGAUUCGGGGGAUGUCAAACUGAUGGCCAAUACCAUAUUGAUUACACCUCGCGCUGCGCCAAAGGCUAUCCUCGACAGAGUAGGUGGCAUUGGUAAGGUCGUGCGUUGGCGAGUCACGGAUACAGCUGUUUUUGAAAACAAGAUAUGGGCUGCAAGAGUAGCCCCUAUAUCCGAUUCGGAAGAUAUUUACACUGAUAACCCUGAUCCUGUAGUUGUCCUUGCCCUAAGGAGAGGCGCUCGGCCCAUUGACGUGGGAAGGAUACGCAACUGGAACCCCGUUUCCGAAGAAAAUGCCUUGGUUUUUGAUACCACUAUAGGAGAAAAAUUGGUUUUGCGAGUGGCAGAAGAUAACUCAGAUGAUGGAGAUGGAGAAGCGCCGAAUGUAGGCCGACCAUUCAAGCGCAGACACAAGUAUGAUACUCGUGACAACGAAGAUGUCCCUUCGUACCCAAAGGAGAACCAUCGCGAACCAGGGCGCCCCCGUGGUGGUUACAAUGAUUACAGUCGAUCUCGCCACGAAAGACACCCAGAUGACCGACCGCCAAGGCAUUAUCAUGACGAGGAUUCCCGCCGUGGCCCACCCCCACCAGGCUACCGUGGAGGUGGUCGUGGGCGUGCGGGCCGCGGAGGUAGAGGAGGACGAGGACGAGGGCGUGCGCCUGGUCCCCGAGAAGGUGGCGGCUAUGCUGGAUACCGAUCUUUGGACGAUUAUCCUUCCAGCAGACCCGGCUACGAUGGAGCCGGUGACGAUAGAGGGGGGCCUGGGAGUGGAAAUCCAGUCAUGAACUAUUGAGAUCGUUUUUCCCUCCCUAUGGUCCCUGUUUCCGGUGUGCAUGUUGAUAUUUCCCUUUUGCUUCCAAUCAUGGCGUUAUACUAUGAAAUAAAACUAUCUCUACGUGUAGGAGCGGCGUUGGGGCGGGCUCCGUCUCCUAGUUGGGUUUUCAGUUCCUCGGAAGGCGUACGGUGGGAGAGAUUUGCUGGGUAUGUAGGGCUCCAGGGUCACCGGCUGGAGGUGGAUAUUUUCUGCCAUUUUCCGACUUUAUGUCCGGUACAUAUAAUUCACGGUGUCAUCGGCAUUGUAUUACCGAUUUUAUAAGAGCUGAUUUGAAUUCCUCCACUUCACCAUUCUAAAACAAUACUCGCAAAGAGCAAGGUCAGUUCUUGACUCACAUCUUUGAUAGUUAAUAAAUGCACUCGAGUCUGUACGAAAAUAUUUUUACAUACUCCCAGCCACUACCCUAUUAUCGUAGAGUCAGGGUUGAAGAAUCGAAAAGUAGCCAGAUCCAUCCAAAUGCGAUUUAACCUCCAUCUUUAUAAUAUGACAACAAUUUCGCAGCAAAAAGAAAAACUCAAGGGGAAUAUCCCGCCCACGAGCCCGUAAAACAUGAAAGCAUCAAAACCAUGGACAUGAAGCGUAAUGUAGUGCGCGUAUAAAUCCAUCCCAGCCAUCCUUUUUUUCCCUCAUCAAGAAAUGUUCCUCAUAUCAUCAAUCAUCUGUAAGCCUCGUCAACAAACUAAUACUUAGGAUCAUCGCCAGUAACCCAAUCGUAACAACAACGAGCAAGCCGAAUCCAAACCAGCCUAAUAUCAUCGCUGACGUGCCCACCCCACUUUUUACGCUUCCGUUGCCCAGAUCCUGGGCUACUGUGCUUGCCGCUACGGAUGCAGUGUGCUGCCAGAGGACGGAAACCAAAAUGAACACGGAAGCAACGAAUAUCAGAGAGAGCGCGACUUGCGAAACAGGUCGUGAUGGGAACGGCCUGACCUCCUGCUCGGAGCCAUCGGGAGAGGUUUCUUCGUGCCAGCCGGGGAAGGUACCCAGGAUAAGGAAACAGACAAAUGCGAAUAUUACGGCAACAAUUAGGUAUGGGAAAACAACAGCGUCUUUGAAUGU